AUGGCAACUACUACAUCAUAUCAUACAACAGAACCAACAGCUGGUCUAGCUAAUAAUAAUAUACAUGAUUUAAAUAAUGGAGUAGAAGGAAAUAAUCAUCAUAAUGCACCUGAUGAUAAUAAUCAAUAUGAUAAUUAUGAUUCAGAUUCAGUAUCAGAAGAUGAACCCUUGGAUGUUGAUAAAAAGGAAUCAAGAAGACCUUCAGAUAAUGCUUUUAGACAACAAAGAUUAAAAGCUUAUAAUCCAGUAUUAACUGCUAAAACUGUUAUUCCAUUAUUAGUUGCAAUUGCAAUAGUAUUUGUACCAUUAGGAGCAGCAAUGUGGUAUGCAUCAAAUAGAAUAGAAGAUAUAACAAUUGAUUAUUCACAAUGUGAGAAUUUAGCAAGUUUUGAUUAUUGGAGUGAUAUACCAACUAAUUAUACUGAUUUUAAUAAUAGAAAAAAAUAUGAUGGUUAUCAACCUAAUUUUGCAUGGAAAUUAACUAAUGAUUCAUCUCAACCAUUUGAAGAUGAAAGAAAAGUUUGUCAAAUUCAAUUUCAAGUAUUAGAUGAAAUGAAAGGUCCUCUAUAUCUUUAUUAUAGAUUACAUAAUUUUCAUGCAAAUCAUCGUAGAUAUGUUAAAUCAUUUAGUGAAGAUCAAUUAAAUGGAAAAGAUGCUACUUUAAAUACUAUAAAAAAUACUGUUGGACAAAAUUGUCAACCGCUAAGUGAUAGAGAUGGAGUUAGAAUUUAUCCUUGUGGAUUAAUUGCAAAUAGUUUAUUCAAUGAUACUUAUUCAACUGCAUUUCAAGCAGUUAAUGGUACUUCUGCAAAUAAAACCGUUAUAUUAACCGAAAAGGGUAUAAAUUGGAGUACAGAUAAAAAUAGAUUUGUUAAAACAAAAUAUAAUUAUACUGAAAUUGUCCCACCACCAAAUUGGUAUAAAAUGUUUCCAAAUGGUUAUAAUUCAACAAAUAUUCCAGAUAUUUCAACAUGGCCUCAAUUUCAAAAUUGGAUGAAACCAAGUGCAUUAGCAACUUUUAACAAAUUAGCGUUAAGAAAUGACACGGCAAAAUUAGAAGCAGGACAAUAUCAAAUAAAUGUUGGUUUACAUUUUCCUGUAUUACCAUAUAAUGGAAAAAAAUAUAUAUAUAUUAGUCAAAGAUCAGUUAUUGGUGGUAAAAAUGAUUUUUUGGGUAUUGCAUGGAUGGUUGGUGGUGGUAUAUGUUUUUUAUUAGGAUUAACUUUAUUAAUUAUAAAUUUUGUUAAACCUAGAAAAACUGGUGAUACUAAUUUAUUAAGUUGGAAUCAAGAAAAAUUUAAAAGAGAUGAAGCUAAUGCUGCUAAUUCUGGUAAUUCCGAAACAAAUGGUAUAAACGGGUAUGAAAAAUGA